GGUAGAGUGAACUAGACAUCGGAGAGAAAAGCAUCAGAAGACACAGCUAAGGUGAUAAAGGUGGACAGCCUCUGAAUUGUUUUGUUGGACUAUAUUUUGGGACGCAAACACGAAGACAACGCUACCUGAAGAUUUACGUAUUGACGUCACUGGUUUAGUUUUGAAUCUCCGUAAAGCUAUCGCUGCUUUUAUAUCAAGACUUUACUUUUAAUUUUGUAACUUUAACGCUACCUAGAAGGACAACCAUGCUCAACCUCUGCCUCGUGUUGAUUCUGUCUGCCUCCGUUUUCUCAGAGUCGCAGGUCAGGGAGACGGAGACAUGGAUGCCCAUGAAAACCACACAGAUGGUUGCCAUGUCAACGCACCGGGACAACAUGGAGUCGUCGGGAGACUCUACGAACGGCUCUGACUUCGGCUUCACAGACGACGACGAAGACGACGACAACGAAUACUACGAGUACGAUGACGAGGAGUUGUCUGGGUCUGGAGAUGGAGCAACAACCGAGUCACCUGAGACAGAGUUCGAGACAUCAGUUAAGCCCGACGUCAGCGACAACAAGAUCCCAGAGCUGGAGCUGCCGGUGCGACCGACCGUCGACGAGGAGGGCAUCGUACGCGAGAGUAAUGAAAUCCCCCGGCUGGGCAACGAGGCGGACCCCAACGAGGAAUACCCAUCCAACGUCCUCAUGUCCCACGCCAGUGAGGACAGCAUCUUGAACAAGACGGAGGUCCUCGCAGCUCUGAUCGCGGGUGGCGCCGUCUGCCUGAUGUUCGCCGUCCUCCUCAUCCUCCUCCUCAUCUACCGCAUGAAGAAGAAGGACGAGGGCAGCUACGACUUGGGGAAGAAGCCCAUCUACAAGAAGGCCCCCACCACAGAGAUCUAUGCAUAGACCCCGACCUCCGCUAACCCCCCCCUCUCUCCCCCUGCCGCCUCGCCCCGACCUCACACACCUCACUUCCUGUUAAAACCUCUUAAAAACCCAAUCAGGGCCAGCUCCUGGCCUCACAGUGCCUCAUCAUCAUCAUCAUCAUCACAUCAUCAUAAUACCUCCUCCUCCUCCUCCUCCUCUCACUUUUCCUCUGACCGAGUGACGCUCGAUAACGAAUCAGGAGAGAAGCCCCGACAACACGAUCGAUUGACUGACUCCUCCUCCCUGAUGUUUGCUCAUUUUUAUUGGUGCUCUCUUAACCAAUCAGAGGCUUCGUUGGUCACUCUUGUCCCUCUCUUUUGGUUUUGUCAAACAAGGAAAAAGGAGCAACAGGAGUGGGACUGUUUCCGCUGCGGUGCACUGUUUUGUGUUUUUAUUAUUUGUUCCCGUGUCGAAAGGAAAGAAAAAAAAAAAACAAACAAACAAAAAAAACACGACUUUAGAAACUGAGGACUCGGAGAACUCAAACUCCUCUUUCUCCUUUUCCUGUCCGUUCUUCUUCUUCCUCUUUCUCCACCUUCCAGUUUAAAAACACUAACACUGCAAUGAUUUUUGUCUCUGUAUGGUACACAUUAACAGUCCAGUUAUUUAUUUCCCCUCCUCCUCCUCCUCCUCCUCCUCUUCCUCUCCACCUGUUUCUUGGACUGAAGCUUCUCACAUGACUGAAGCAAAUGAUUUUUAAGUGAACAUUUAUAUUUGAUUUUUUUUUUUUUUUUUUUAAACAAACUCCUUGUAAUGCAGAGAGAUUUAAGACAUUUCAUUUUUUUUCUAUUAAAGAAAGAAAAGAGUUUUUCAGAACGCUGGUUUUAUGCUGUCAUCCAUUAGAACUGACUUUGUUUUUGUUCAUUUUUAUCCUUAAAUUACACAGAGAUAAGAGAGAGGGCCAGACAAGGGCCAACAAGUACUUGCAAAUGGUUGAUUCUGCCUUUUUAAAAAGAGAAGAAAAAGAAAAUCUGCACAACUGGCUGAGUGAGAGAUGGUUCAGCUCACGUCCUGUACACUUCAUUAAAAAAAACAAAAAACGUUUCCUUUAAACUUUCUGGCAUGUUUUCUGUCUCCGCGAGGAGGGAAAGUCCCAUCCGUCUGGCACGUAGCACCAGAUAAGUAAGCUAAACUAAUCCGGGGAAAAUUGGCAAAUACUGUAUGACCCAGGUCACAGAGUCGAACACAGCGUUGCCAGUUUGGAAGAGGACUUCAAAAAAAAAAAAAAAAAAAAAAAAAGGAAGAUGUUUUACCACUAUAAUAAUAAUUACCACCUUGCCUCCGGGGUUUGUUUUCUGUUAUUAUGGUGAAGGCGAAUCAGCAAGCUCCUACAGGGUGACACACCUACAUUCCACACACACACACACACACACACACACACACACACACACACACACACACACACAGGAACACUUUUUUGCUGAGUUAGAUAAUCAGAUUGAAGCUUCAGUUAGCGGCUGGUUAGCUUAGCUUAGCACAAAGACUGGAAAUGGGUGGAAACGGCUAGCGCGGCUCUGUACAGAGGGAACAAGCACCUGCACCUCCUGAUGGUGCGUCUGCGUGUUAAUGACGGUUAAAGACGGUUAAAAUACUGCACGUUACAUUACAGUGAAAUGACAAUACCUCAGUACAACAUAAAUGCAGCUUUUAACAACACACUGGAUUUAAUUGUAGGCGUUACAAUAGCAUUUUUUUUUUUUUGCAGUUUUACAGUGGCUUCCAAGCUAAAAUUGUUUUUGUUUUGUUUUAUACACUUAAUGAAGAUUUAAAGAAAUGAGACGGAGCCAGGCUAGCUGUUCCCACCUGUUUCCAUUCUUUGUGCUAAGCUAAGCUAACCGUAGCCUUAUCUUUAACAGACGUGAGCGUGGUAUCGAUCUUCACCUCUGCAAAUAAAGGUGGUGCUGAGGUGCUCACUCAUUCUCUUGCAACAUUUUUUUUUUUUUUUUUUUUUUUUAUUCAUGGAUCCGAUAAAUGUUAUUGAUCAUUUAGUCCAGUGAUACGAAAUGUUAAGCUCUGUGAUCGGCGAAACUGGUAGUUUUUUUUGUUUUGUUUUGUUUUUUGUUUUUAACUCAUGGCGGGUGACGCUUUCUCAAUAAGCUACACCGACAGUUUGUUGUUAGUUUUAUAUUUUAUUUCCACUAUGAGGUCUUUGAGCAAUCGCUGAAGCCAUGAUGAAAAGGUGUGAUGCUCACAUUUCUUAGCUGAAGCCGGCAGCACACAGACUGGUCUACCAAGGAUUUGUAUAUAGUCAUUAGAUAAAAAAAAUAAAAUAAAAUAAAAAACGAACAAAAAAAAAAAUUAACUUGGUACUUAGCCACAUCCUGGCAACAAACAAUAUCUACCAAAUAUUUAAAUGCCAAAUUUGUUUUUGUUUUUGUUUUGUUUUCCCCUGAGCAGUAACGUUCCUGUGAUUUACUGUAACUGUAAAUGAGUUUUGAUACUACCAAUGCUAAUACUAACUCACCUCCUCUCAUUGUUCUCCAGUGGUUUUUAUUUUUAUUUUUUUUUCUCCAGUAGAUCAACUUGUUCUUUUUUUUUUUUUUUUUUUGUAUUAAUUUAACUGUCAAAUUAUUUUAUUGCCUUCUUUCAGGUUGGGGUGUUUCCCCCUUUUUAAGCUGUUGUAUAUGUGAUUUUAAAAGUUUUAUAUACACUAGUUUGAGAUUUUCAGAAGCAAAUAGUUUUGAAACUUUUUAUGUUGUAAGAGUUUCUAUUAUCUUUUUAGACUUUUGUUUUUUUUUUUUUUUGUUUUUUUUUUUGCUUUUGUAUUUAUGUUUUCUUUUUUUUUUUUUUUUUUUUCGUUUGUUUGUAGAAGGAUUGCUUUUAUGUGGUUGGUGUUCAUCUCGUUGUUCAGGGGAUGUGGUGCCGAUGAGCCAUGUUGUCAGUGGCAGACCUGGGGGGCGAUUACCGCUUGGAUUUUGUUCAUUCGUAGCCAGAAAACGGAGGGAGAUAAAUUUGCAAACGUGUAUUUUGGAAAUUCACAAUCCCGGCCUCGAAAGAAAGAAACGUCUUGAUCCUCGUUCAAGGCCUUUAACCCCCCCCCAAAAAAACAAAACAAAAAACAAACGCAUUUAAUCAAGAAAACACUGAUACGUGUUUCCUCCCAGUGUGUCAGAGGGUAUCGGCUGAUCUCUGCCUGGGAUUGAGGUAUAAAGGGUAAAUCGGCCCCAGGUCUGUUCAGUGCGCAUGGGAGAGAUAACGUAUGUUCUGCUGCUUAAUGUCACAAACAUCACAUGUGAAUCACCAAUGGAGUGAAGAAGCCAAUGAAUCAUUGGCUUCUGCAUGCAGGUUCUGAUUUAUCGGAAAUAAAGCUAUUUUUAUGCACAUUAACAUUUUAAAAA